GCCGGCCGCAUCGGAGAGGAUGAACGCCAGCAUCACUUGGUGUGUCAAAACUGCAGGAGGAGCGAGCGCAAGUGGAUCCAUUUGAAAUCAUGUGGGUUGUGUUGAUGUUUCUCUGUGGUGUCGUGCAGGUUUCAGCUGAAGUAUCAUGCGCACGCCCCAUCGACACAUCAAGUGCAGUCUACUCUUCCACUUCCGGUUCAGUGUCAGUCAACACAGGACCAGGAAGAAACCAUGACACCUGGUGCCCGGAUGACACCGACACCCGCCAAUGUCUGGACAUGGCCCUUCGUUAUACCGUCAACCUCAGCUACAUUGAGAUACACGGUGAAUCCAGUGGUGGAAGAAGUUGUCGUGUCGACAGAUUAUGGCUGGAUGCCAAUAGGACAGAUUCCAUAGAACUGGGCAGAGUGAACGGCACCAAUUCAUUUACGAGCCGCCCGUAUCCUGCCCUUGAGAGCGGCCUCUUUCAGAUAGCCAUAUCCAAGAACAUCAACUGUUGCUUCCGGUUUCUCCUGAAGGGAUGCAUUGUGGAUCACACAGAUACUGACAGUGUUAUCAACAGAACCCCGCAGAGACCAGCAGAAACAGCGCGCGGUCUUGACGCCGUUCCUUCUGACGGAAGUUAUACCUCUCCUGACGUCACGCCUCCCAUUGUUGACGUCAGCUCAAACGCCAGGGCCACGCCCCCCUCGGAUGAGGACGAUGUCGCCGACAAGACGUGCAGUUGUUGUGAAGAAGAGGCGUUCCGAAAUUGCGCAAAGAAGAAGGGGUCCUCAGGUUUGCAGAAGAAGAAAAACAAAGAGGAAGACGGAGAAGAGGUUAAAAAGGCAAAGAAAACACGCGCGUCAACGGCGUCCGCUGCAAUGGCAGAAGUCCACGCGUUUCUCCGCCAGAGGGCAUCUCGGCGGAAGGGCAAGAAAGGCGACCUUGACCUUGAAGCGGCGGAGGCGUUGCUGUUCACCGUCCUUGAAACAGACGUCGAUGUCACAAAUCUGGACAAUGGUGCUGGUAAUCUCACAAUGGGCGUUCUGGAGGCGGUUUCGACAAUGAUGUCCAUAGACGCACCCGGUUCUCGUCGCGGUCGGCGUCAAAGAAUGGUUCUUGCUGCUGACAGAUUUCUCCGAAAGCUUGAACCGGCACUGCUCAAAGACAGGACGAAACUCACCCUCAAGAAAAGCAACUGCAAGUUUCAUGCUCAGAGACUUGAGAGGAGGAAGGCAGCCAGGUUUCAGUUUGACAGGGUGUCCGUUAUAGUUCCUCCGCUUGAAUCUAACGCCACAAACGGAACCCAUACCAGCCAGGUAAUUGUAGCCAUCUUGGAUUCUGAACUGGAGGAUAUGAAGGAGUCUUCACGAAUCACACCCAUUGUGUCAGUCAACAUUGGUGCACAUGAUUUGAUGACGUCAACGCUCGAUCUUCAGUUCAAACAUGUUCCUUUAGAUCACAACAAACUGAGUCCACUCUGUGUGUUCAUGAAGGAAGAUCUUCGCAGUUCAGAGUGGUCGCCUUCCGGUAUAGCAACUACCCGGAUGACGGACGACAGUACCGUGUGCAAAUCAAGUCACCUGACCAACUUCGCCAUCAUUAUGCAGCCAGUAGAACUGACGGUGUCCUUAUCGGACAUGGCUGGCCUGGAAAUGACGUCACUGAUCGGAUGCGGCGUGUCGCUCACCGCACUAUCAAUCACGUUUCUCAUGCUGAUAGGAGUCAGACGAGCGUCCAGAAGGUUGUACAUACUAAAGAACAUGGUGUUUAUGCUACUGCUGGCCCAGACGGUGUUCCUGGCAGGCAUUGACAAGACCCACAACGAGAUGCUGUGUAAGACCGUGGCUGUCCUGCUGCACUACCUGUUUCUGGCCUGCAUCAUGUGGAUGCUGAUGCAGGGGGUGGAGCUCUACUUCCGGGUGUCGGAUGUCUUCAAUAGGGAGAACUACUAUGUGGGAUACACGAUGGUCUCCUACCUCACCCCCCUCGUCAUAGUGGGAGUGUCCCUGAUUAAAGCCUACCAUCUGUACGGAUAUGAAAAGUACUGUUGGCUGUCUCCGGAAGAAGGACUUGUGUUUGCCUUUAUCGUUCCGGCACUGUUGGUGUUUACGGUCAACGUCCUUGUCCUUGUGGUCGUGAUGUUAAAGUUCAACAGGGUCAAGGCCAACGCUAAGAAGACGGACAAUCAAAGGAUAAAGUCCAACAUCCGGGCCUGCGUCAUACUCCUCCCACUGUUGGGGCCGACGUGGAUUGUGGGGGUGUUUGCUGUGAACAGCUCCACCGUCAUCUUCCAGUACCUCUUCACCCUGCUGAACGGACUGCAGGGGAUGCUGGUACUCAUCUUCCACUGUUUACUCAAUGAAGACGUGAUGACGUCAUGGAAAAAGAAAAUUGCCCUCCGUCAAAGCCGAGUCCACAUGUGCGAGGUCAAGGUCUCCUCGCCGACACAAAAUGCAUGGACAAUGCAGUUCCUAAAGCCAAACCGAGCUCUUCGGAGUGUUCAGGACGUUUUCACGGUGACAACAUCUAAAGUGAAGCAAAUUUCGAGAAAGCCGUGUGUCCCUGAUCUUUGUCAAGAUAAGCCAGACUUGCCAAAUAGUGAAGGUUAAGCGAGAAGCAACCAAGCUAAAGAGGCUAACAAUUCGACAAUUUCAAAUUUCGUUGUCAGUUAAAAUUGAGUUAAUUGUAAAAUUCAUGGUCAAUAAAAUAUCAUGCACCCCUUGAGAAGAUUGUGUUCGAACGAAUGUUA